AUGCAAAGUUUUGUGAUGCUCUUCUUAGUGGUUGCAACAUUGAUGAACAAUGGUGUCUAUUCAUUACCUGCAAUCAAUAUUACAGAUACUAAAUUAUCAAAUCAAAUGACUAAAACAUUGAGCGAAGCUCUUUUAACUCAAGGUGAACAACAGCAACGGCAACCUAUUCGAGCUGAUCCUCGAGGUUUUUACUAUCCAUACCCAUAUCAAAAUGUCAACUGGUAUAAUUUUCCUUAUUUAUGGCCUGCUGUCGCUGGUGGUCUUCUUGACCCCACAGCACCACUCGCUGGUGUUGGUGCUCAAAUAACUGGUUUAGGUACGGGCGGAUGUCCGACAGGUUUUUGUCCAACUGGUGCUAGUUGUUCACAACUAGCUGGUCAAUGGCAAUGUGGAUGUCGUAUAAAUAGCUGUGUUGGAAUUCAAAAUCCUUGCGGCAUCUAUGGUAGAUAUUAUUUUCCUUAUUAUCCUGAUGCAUCACGAUUCAUUCAAUGUGAUCAAACUGGUGUCUUUUGGAUUCGUAAAUGUGCACCAGGUACCAUAUUUGAUCCUAAAAUAGGUGUAUGCAAUUAUCCACCUGUUGUUGUCGAAACUGGGAAAAAAUAA